GGAUACAACCAAGGCAAGGAGGUCUAGGGGGUUUAAAAAGAAAAACGAAAAUGUCGUCUGAUUCUCUGGUGUGCUUGAGGGAUUUUGAGAAGUACGCGGAGGAACACCUGGACAGGAACGCCUGGGGGUUCUUCUCAGCAGGCGCGGAGGGGUGUCAGACAUUGAGGGAUAAUGAAGAGGCAUUCAGAAGGCUCCGUCUGCGACCGCGGUUCUUACGAGAUGUGUCGGUACGAGACAUGUCCACCACCGUCCUGGGACAGAGAAUAGACAUGCCCAUCGGCAUCAGCCCCACAGCCAAUCAGGGCCUGGCCUCUCCAGAGGGGGAAAUUGGAACAGCCAAAGCUGCAGCCCAGUUCCAGACCUGUAUGAUAUGCAGUACUUACUCCAACUUCACCAUGGAAGACAUCAUGAACUGCAGCCCUCAUGGACUCAAGUGGUUCCAGCUAUACGUACGUCCUGACAGAGAAACCACUGCAGGGCUCGUCCGUAGAGCGGAGAGGGCCGGGUACAGGGCUCUUGUACUGACCGUGGACUUGCCAAUAGUAGGGAGGAGGUAUCCUGACUUGAGACAUGGCUUCUCCAUGCCUCCACAUCUUAAAGUGGCCAACUUGAGACAUGUUGAUCUCAAUAAGAAUAAGAAAGACAGGAACAAAGCUUUGGAUUACGGGUUUGGAGGGCCUGACCAGUCCUCAGACUCAGCACUUUCCUGGAAGGAUGUGGCCUGGCUGAGGUCCAUCUCCACUCUACCCAUCAUCCUGAAGGGCAUCCUGACAGCUGAGGACGCUCGGCUGGCCGUACAACAAGGAGUGGACGGGAUCCUGGUGUCCAACCAUGGAGGCAGACAACUGGACGGCGUACCCGCUACGAUAGAAGCCCUCCCUGAGAUAGUUGAGGCAGCAGGUGAGAAGUUAGAGGUGUACAUGGACGGUGGGGUGCGGACGGGGACAGAUGUUCUCAAGGCUCUCGCUCUCGGCGCCAGGGCAGUGUUCAUAGGACGGCCUGCAGUCUGGGGCCUGUGUUAUAAGGGACAGGAGGGUGUGGCCAAGGUGCUCAAUAUCCUAAAGGAGGAACUGAGUCUAGCCAUGGCUCUGUCAGGGUGUAGCAGUUUAGGAGAUAUUACUCCAGGUCUAGUGGUACGAGAAAGUCAAUACAGCAGACUGUAGUUCUACAUUCUCUUCUUCUCAAAAAUAAAAUGAGAGAGAAAUAGAAUAUUUCAAAAUAUUGCACAGUAAUAAAUGUGAAUGUAAUAAAAAAUGA